AUGCGGAGGACUUGUCAGACCACCCUGCUCAGCCUACAAUGGUUGAUCAAAAGCAACGUCCCCGUAGAAGUGGACGCCAUGUGGCAAGGUAGGUCCAUCCACCAACUACGCCUUGAAGCACAUCCAUCUACAAUCCUACUAACCUCCACCAGAAAACUCCACCCAACCCUGCGACACCGGCAGCCCCCUCCCCACCCUUCAAAAGGAAUUCCCCUCGCUCGACUUCACAUCCGUAGACCCUACCUUCCCCAGCAAAUCCCCCCCGUACUACGCCUUCACGCCCGCGGCCAACAAGACGCGCGGAGCAGCGUGUCUCCAGGACCUGUACUCGCGGCCGGAAAAGGUCAUCGCGGUCGUCAGCCAUUCCGGGUUCCUGAGGACGGGCAUCGCGCGACGGCGGUUCGCGAAUGCGGAUUAUCGCAUCUUCACGUUUGGCGGGCUGGAAUUGUUCGAGGAUGAGGGGACGGAGCGGAAGGGUGGGGGGUUGGGGAGGAGUCAGAGGGGGAUUUUUGAGGUCAGGGAGGGGGAUUUUCCGCGCGAGGAGGAGGAGGAGGAUGAUGAUGAUGCAGAGUAAGUGGUGAUGAUGAUGAUGCUGAUGCUGGAAACGAUGGAAGUUGAAGAAGAAGUUGAAAAGUUGAUUUUCCCUUUCCCACAGACCAGAAGAACCCGAACAUCCCAACGAAGAGCCCCUACUAGCCGCCGCGGCGGAAUCCUGGCUCUCGCCACUCUGGUCCCUGCUCGCGAUUUUCGGUGGUGGCGGCGGUGGUGGUGGUGGCGGUGGCGGUCGGGGGUGA